GGGCCGCCCCACCUGAGGAGAGCCCGUCGCGGCCUGUCGCCACCCCCGUCCCCCCUGUCGCGACAGCCCCCCGACAUCGCCCCCGACGACCCCCCGACAUCCCCUCGACGACCCCCCGACAGUUAUGGAGGCGGCGGAAGCCCCCGCGCUCAGCUGCUUCUCCUUCAACCAGGACUGCACAUCCCUGGCGAUCGGAACCAAAACCGGUUACAGGCUGUUCUCGCUGGGUUCGGUGGAGCAGCUGGACCAAGUCCACGAAAGCAAUGAGAUCCCCGACGUGUACAUCGUGGAGCGCCUGUUCUCCAGCAGCCUGGUGGUGGUGGUCAGCCGCUCCAAGCCCCGCCAGAUGAACGUCUAUCACUUCAAGAAGGGAACCGAGAUCUGCAACUACAGCUACUCCGCCAACAUCCUGUCCGUCCGCCUCAACCGGCAGAGGCUGCUGGUUUGCCUGGAGGAGUCUAUCUAUAUUCACAACAUCAAAGACAUGAAGCUUUUGAAGACCAUCCUGGAAACGCCACCCAACCCGACCGGUCUGUGCGCCCUCUCGAUCAACCAUUCCAAUUCCUACGUGGCCUACCCCGGAAGCCUAGUGACCGGCGAGAUCGUCCUAUACGACGGAAAUCACCUGAAGACCGUCUGCACCGUGCCCGCCCACGACGGGCCCCUGGCCGCCAUCGCCUUCAACUCCACCGGCUCCAAGCUGGCCAGCGCGUCCGAGAAGGGCACGGUCAUCCGUGUGUUCUCCGUCCCCGAGGGGCAGAAGCUUUACGAGUUCAGGAGGGGGAUGAAACGGUACGUGAACAUCGGUUCUCUGGUGUUCAGUAUGGACUCGCGGUUCUUAUGCGCAUCCAGCAACACCGAAACCGUGCACAUCUUCAAACUUGAGCACCUCACGGACAGCCGGCCGGAGGAACCCCCAACCUGGAGCGGCUACGUGGGCAAGAUGUUCAUGGCGGCCACCAACUACCUCCCGUCGCAAGUGUCUGACAUGAUGAACCAGGACCGUGCCUUCGCCACCGUGCGCCUACACUUCUCCGGGCAGAGGACCGUCUGCACCCUGGCCACGAUUCAGAAGUUACCUCGCCUGAUGGUGUCGUCGUCGGACGGUCACCUUUACAUCUACAACGUCGACCCUCAGGACGGAGGAGAAUGUGUCUUGAUCCAGACCCACAGUCUGCUGGGUUCCGGAAAGACGGGAGAGGACCCCGGCACCACCGCCGAGCUUCCGUCGCCCCAGUCUUACGCCGCCACCGUGGCCAGGCCGAGCCCGGCUUCAUCGGGGUCGACGGUGCCGGGUUACUCGGAGGACGGCGGGGCCCUGCGAGGAGAGGUCAUCCCCGAGCACGAGUUUGCCGCCGGACCGGUGUGCCUCGACGACGAGACCGAGUUUCCUCCCGUUUCUGAGAACGCCCGUGUCACGGGCCGCUUUAAUGAGGAUAUUAACGAGCGCCAAAUCCCGGGGAAGGUCCCAGGCGAUCGGACGGCACGCGGUACGCGAUUGAGAGGGAAGCGGGCUGGGAUGUCGGCCCGGUCUUACAGAUGAGGAAGGCGAGAUUAUCUCGUGCCGUGGGAGUCAGAAGGGCAGAGCCAAGCGGUCGUGAGGAGGCACCCGCCUUAGAAUUCGGGAGGAAGAGCGGAGGUGUGCCGGCCCCAGCGGGACAGGUCGCGGGGGCGGGCGUCACGGCCCUCCGCGCCGCUUCGCGGCGACCGCGGCCCGACUAGCUUAGGACCGUCUUUUUAAGAACGGGGUUUUCCUUUUUUAACUUAUGGUGUUAUUCUCUGUACAGUAUAUAUAUAAACAUAUAUAUAUAUAUAUAAAUAUAUAUAUACCUCUAUAUAUUGUACUCUGGAAAAUGAUUUUUGCAACAAAUAACGCGGUGACUGAAAAACGAAGAAUAAAAUCAGAUACGUCUAA